UUGGCAGUCGGCGACGGUAGUCUGUAGAUAAAGUUUUAUGUGCACACGUAAUAUUCAUGCAAUAUUUUUUUAAAGUUGAAGAUUAUGGAUGAACCUGUUGUCUCAGAAUCUGAUGACAUUGAUGAUCCCAUCGUAAAAGAGAUACCCAUAAUCAAUUCAAAGCGGUUAGAAAAUGGUUUGUAUUUAUUCCAAUUUCCGUUAAAAAGGAAAAACUGCACAAAUGAACACAAAAUUAAAAAAUGUUUCUAUAAACCCCAAAAUGAAGAAGCAAAACUAGAGUUGGCUAUAAACGUCGAGUCUCCAAAUUUUGACGUAGGUCGGGCUGAAAUUAUAGCUCAUGAAGUAGAUGGAGACGUCGAUAAUAUAAAGAAAGAUAAAAAACCAUUUUUCGAAAAUGAAAUUGUAGAUAAAGUAUUCCUCCAAUCAUGUAAAGCAGUUACGGAUGCUAACAAGUAUGCUGUGGCUGCUUACAAUGGUUCUGAAAUUCAUUUGACUGCAUUGAAAGGCAUUUUUCAAUUUCGCCCUAACUUUCCUUAUAUGGAAAAAGGUUUAAAGCGAAAAAAGGAAGUAGACUCUAACAAUGAAUCUGAUGAAGAGCAACCUGGACCAAGUUCUGCGCAACAGGUUACUGUGAAAUUCAAACAGAAUGACGAAAGGUGGAAAAAGGCAAAAGAAAACAGCUUUAAAUCAAUUCAAGCGAAAAGUGCCGAAGAACCGUGGACUGAAUGCACUUGGUGUGAAAAAGAUUCGACUGCCAGCAGUUUGGAACGGCUAAAAUUGAUAGCUGACUAUACCCAUGACGUUAAUCAAGUUAAUGAACUUACUGACACCGAAUAUGUGAAAUUACUGAUACCAGAGGAUCAGGAACAAACACCUUUAGAACCCAGCUUACCUUCGCAUGUACUCUCCCUGCAUGCUUUAAGAGCCUUGCCAAUUCUCGAACAAUGUCGACUGUUACUGAAAGAUGCUCAAAUAAUACAGUUUCAGCAGCUUUUAAUGUUACUGGCAGGGGGUGAAGGCCUAACUCCGGACAUUUUAUUGAGAACCUUGCCAAAAGUAGCUGUUCUAGUGAGGGGUAACUGGGUGGUUAAAUCUGAAGUAUUAUACCCUGCAAAUACUUUGUCUGCUACUAGUGGUGUUCCUGCGGAACUUAUGUGUCGAGCGAGAGAUUAUGUUUUAUAUCUAUUUACGAAGAACCAAUAUGUCGAGAGGAAGAAAGUGUCCUCAAUGGUGAAAAUCCCUUCGGAGGAAGUGAAGGAAAUUUUUACCGGCAUUUCCAGUCUGCGCAGCCACAGUAAGGGCUGGGAAUUGAACUUGCCCAGCGAUACAGACUUUAUUAACAAGCAUAGUGAUCUAGUACAAAAACAAAACUUGUUCUGGGAACAUCGGUUUCAUCAGUUAAGUGAGUUUUUGAAGGACACUAGGAUACAACGCAGGAAGAGUCGUAGUGAGAGUAAAAGCAUCAGCGAGGAUGGUAAACCGAGGAACGGAGUGAUAUACAGUUCCGAUAAUGAUUCAGGAACUGAAAAGAAUAAGUCGCCGGUCGCUUCUAGGAAAAAUAAGACUGUUAAAGUUAAUAAUCUUGUUAAUGUGCCAGCGGAUGUUAGUUCCUGAUGGCAGAUUUAGUGACUUUUUUAAAUUAAUUUA